AUGAGCUCUCCUUAUUACCCUCAAAACUCCACGAGUGAGCAAUAUAAAGAGGAUUAUGCGGAAUCGACGAGAGGUUUCCAAGGCGGGGAAACGAGGAAUAGACCAAAAUUGCCGCGGAGACCACCGGCUACUCGCCAUGCGACCAGAGAGCCAGCAGAUGCAUUGGAGUCAAUGUUUGAAGAUACCCUCAAGCAACAAUCGAUUCGACAAGCAACUCGUACAUCAGAGCUUUCCCAGAGGACAUCCUCGACCGUGAAGGCUUAUCAAGAUGGAGAAAAGUUAAAGGAAAUGCUCCGGGAGGAACGCCCCCUUAAUGAUUGCUGGUCCUUUUUCGUGGAACAUUUUGGCCCUACUGCUUGGAAAAAUGGUACAAUUAGUCGAAAUUCAUGGCCUGUCUACCUCAAGUCUACAGUACCAAGAAUGCUGAGGCUCAUAAGAGAGCAGAGAAAGGAGCAGCCUCUUCGUAACGAUGUGCCUACUUUUUCAGAAAUGAUACUGGUCACGCUUGAGUUGGGUUUACUGCGUGGCACUCAAUGGGUACAAAUGAUAACCACAUUGAUUGACAGCAUUUUAGAAGCCGGUGUUACAACGGCAGAGGGACAGACACUACUAUCUGAACUCCUCAAAAGUUGGAAUAUCGUUUGUCGUCGUCGGCCUCGACGACUUCAAAGCCAAGAAUUAAUUAAUAAAUCAGAUCCCGAAGUCAUACCUUCUUGUUCCGACUGGUCAAAUCUUCCUAGUCAUUCUUUGCAUAGCAUCUUUCUGGAAAAACGCCAAAAUGGAACUCAACACGCAUUUAGUCUUCUCACUCCACAAUUUUCCCCGGGUGAGAUGUAUCAACUGCCUACGAUCGCACUGGGAACACUUAAGCUUCUCCUUGAACUUGAUAAGACUGGAAUUGGCGCAGCUACCAUGGUGGAAGAUGCGAAGCCACUCAUGUUAAAGUUCUCGAAUAUCGUCAACGCAUGUUCGAUGUCUCUGAUUGAUGCCGCUGAGUUCUUCCGAGAUGUGCCUGAAUCUGUGGUCAGUCUAGUCAAAGAUGAUUGGUCUACCAUCAAGGAGUUCAUCGAGAAGCAGAAUGUUAGGAAGGAUUUUAAAGUGACGGAAAAUAUGCGAACUCAGGCUUUACACAAGAAAGUUAUUGAUGCGCAUGCUAGAAGAGACGUCGCUUCACUAGAUCGACUAUGGUCCCAAGCGCAACAACUUCCAAUCUACAUCCCAACUGCCAAAGAUGGUUUCGAAUCUGGUUAUCGAACCGGCUAUCUCACUCCUGCUUUUUACAACCUGUUCAUUUUGUUAUUCAUGAAUCUCAAACAACAACCUCGAGCCAUUGAAGUUUGGAAUCACAUGAUCAAAAACAAUCUUACUCCAAACCUUGGUGCCUGGGAUGCCAUGUUGAAUGGCUGCAAAAAUUCCCGCGAUGCCAAAGGCCUUGAGCAAGUCUGGGCCAUGAUGAUAUCAUCUGGAGAAAAGCCAGACGUAACCUGUUGGACUACCAGAAUCAGUGGUCUUAUUCACUGUUAUCAGCCAGAAGCUGGUAUCCGCGCACUAGAUGAGAUGGGUCGCUUAUGGUUAGCGGCAGCGCGGAAGAAAUAUCCUAAUCUCAAGAUCUCAAAUUCGAAAAACGUGAAAGAUAUCCCGGGAGCUGUCAGACCUACUAUUGCAACCAUUAAUGCCGCAGUGUCUGGUCUUAUAAAAAGACAAGAAAUAAAAGCGGCCGAUCGCAUCCUCGCUUGGGCAGACCAAUGGGGUAUCAUUCCAGACGUUCAAACAUAUAACACACUUCUUUCGUCAAUAGUCCGCGCUGGCCAUCCAGAUAAAACUCCAGAAAUUUUGACUUCUAUGGAAGGUCACGGCGUCCAAGCAGAUGCUGCCACUUUCGUCACCAUCCUGGAUCAAACAUUUGCAGAUAUAGAAACUCUUAGUCCCACAGAACAAAUUGAAGCCAUAAACAAUACCUUCCUCGCCAUGGAACAAAUGAAGGUCACACCAAACCAGUUCUUAUACGGUAAAAUGAUCUAUCUCCUUCUCCGAGGCGUCCCCACAGAUAUCACUCCCGUGUCAGAAGUCAUGAAUCGAAUGGCAGCUCAAGGACUCACCCCCUCUACAUACAUCUACACCAUUCUCCUCGAAUACUAUUUCGCACAAUCACCCCCCAAUUUUCAAGCCGCGACCGCUCUGAUCGAACGCGCGCAACUCACGGUCGGAACCGUAGAUCACAUCUUCUGGGAUCGAUUGAUCGAGGGAUAUGCAAGCGUAGGGGAUACCGAUACGGCGAUUUCGUAUCUGAGAAAUGUGCAGAAGAGUAAACAAUUCACAUCGUGGAAUACGAUGCGUACUUUGUUGAUGGCGCUCGUGGAGAAGGAUGAGUGGGAUGUUGCGACCGAGUUGGUUAAUAAUGCGGUGAAGGAUACGGGGGGGCCGAUUGGGGCUGAGGUGAAGGGUGUGGAGGGUCAACAUAAGUUUUGGGAGUUGGUGAGGGAAUUGAGAAUUUUGGAUUGA